AUGAAUCGAGAAUCCGCUAGCCAACCACGCGAGGAGCAUAGAUCUCCAGGAAGUCUCACCUGCAACAAAGGAAGGAUACAUGCUUUGAUCCAGACCCGGGAUGGAGAGCGACACUCCUUUUCCGGCACUAUCAGCACCGAUCUAAAUCUCGUCGUCAACAAUGCAGACGUGGAGUACUUCGAUCUCGCCGAGGACAAGCCAUACUGCCAAGAGUUCAAGGCACUGAUUGGUCCGCUUCACGCUAACUUCUGGUGGCAAGGAGGGGCUAUACACCUCUCUGGGAAAUUACUGCACUGCAUCGAUGAGACGGUCGAAGUAUCUGGAGAAGGAUGGUGGGGCGAUAUUGACAAUAAUGAGUAUGAGGAGAAUGGCGAGGAGUGUUACAGUGAUGAGAGCGACGACCCGAGAGCAUGA